AUGGUAAUGAACGAAUUACAAGCUAUUCCUACGUUUCAGCGCCUUCAGAGCAACAGUACUGUCAUUGAUUAUAUCUAUGUUAGUAAUAACAUUCAUCAUAAUCUUAAAGACAUUCACAUCAUCUGCCUGCAUCAUAAAUGGCCCGAUCAUUCUGUUUUGUAUGUCAGUUUCGUUGCUGAUCGAGUCCCAACGGGACCAGGACUUUGGCGAGCCAAUCCGAUUUAUGUUUCUCAUCCAGCGCUUAAACCACUAUUUGCUGUCAAGAUUACUGACCUAGUGUAUACUCUUGCUGCAAAUAAGCAUUAA